CACCGGCGGGGGCACCGGCGGCGGAGCGGCACCGGCUCUGCUGCGGCUUCACCCACCCUCCGCUCCCUUCCCAGCCUCUCCCCGCCCCGGCGCGGGGGUCCCAGGCCGGGCGGGCCACGCUUCCAGCCGCGAGGGCAUCGCGGGACGAAGCCAUGAGCGACAGCCCGAUCCCACUGCCACCGGCUUCGGCCACCAAGCCCAAGCGGGCGCGGUCGGCGCGGCGGCCAGCAGCCCACCCCGCGUACUCGGACAUGGUCACGGCAGCCAUCCGGGCCGACAAGAGCCGCGGCGGCUCGUCCCGGCAGUCCAUCCAGAAGUACGUGAAGAGCCACUACAAGGUGGGCCAGAACGCCGACGUGCAGAUCAGGCUGGCCAUCCGGCGCCUGCUGGCCGCCGGAGUCCUCAAGCAGACCAAAGGAGUUGGUGCCUCCGGCUCUUUCCGCCUAGCCAAGGCCAGCAGGGCCAAGAGGUCUCCUUCCAGGAAGAGGAAGAAGGCAGCCAGGAGAUCCACUUCGCCCCGCAAGAAGGCUAGGUCCAGGAGAUCCAAGUCGCCGGCCAAGAAGCCCAAGUCUGCCGCCAGGAAGGCCAGGAAGAAGUCAAGGAGCCCAAAGAAAGCCAAGAAGCCAAAGACUGUUAAGGCCAAGUCCAGACCCAAGAAGGCAAAGCGGUCGAAAUCCAGAGCCAAGUCCGGUGCCCGGAAAUCGCCCAAGAAGAAGUGAGAAGACUAGAGGCGUUUCGGUACUCUCCUCAUUGGUUCUGUAAAUAGCUGUUGCCUUUAUUUUUACUCCUUUCUAUUGCAUUUUAUAAAGAAUUACUCUAGUCUGGAAUUGAAAUAGCUAAAACAAGGCAGUUGAUGAAUGAAAAAAAAACAAUUUUGAAGUGUUA